AGAGUGGCUGCCAGAUGAGCUUGCAAAUGAGCGGCUGUGUGGCGUCCAGGAUUUGAAUUUGAAUAUUGCCAUUGGUGGCAAGCAAAGUGAUGGCUGGGGACGAAGCUGUCCCCAUCCUGGUUCGUCUCCCUAAAAAGAUCCGGCCGGAGGAUGCAGCACUUGCAAAGCAGGGCUCGGAUCGGCCCCCCAAAAAGCACAAGUCCGGGGAACAUAAGAAGGACAAGAAGAGGCGGGAUGAGAAGCAUGGAGACAAGAGUCACAAGAACGGAGAGAAGAGUCACAAGGAUGGGGAGAGGAGUCACAAGGAUGGGGAACGCAGCAAGAAAGAUAAGAAGAGGUCGAGGGAUGGAGAUCACACCGGAGAGGGGCCCCCCAAGAAGAAAAAGCGGAGUAAGGAGAAGCGGGAGAAGACAGGCGGGGGGGACGCUAAGCCUGGCAGCAAUGGGGCGGGCGAUCAGUUUGGAGCCAAGCACGGAGAGGGGGGAACUAGCGGCGGAGUCAGAACGGACGGGAAUGGACAGAAGCAGGAUGCAAGCGGAAAAGCAGGACAAAGUCUGGACGGGAGUGCAAAGAAGACGGACGCAAAAAUGAAGAGUUUGAAUGCAAGCGGGGAUGGCGCUGGACAGGGGGAGAAGGCUGCACCACUGAAAGCUUCGGCAAACAAGAUGAAGUCGGUGGGUUUGACGGGGAAGCUGGAGACAGCCGGCCGGAAGAUGAAGGUGGGACUGGCGGCGGAGGGGCGCUUGAAGGUGGACGGGAGCAGAUUGAGCGAGGAGAAGCAAGGGCAAGACUCUGAGCAGGAGGAGGCCCCCCCCUCGGCGGCGGCGAUGGACGACAUCAUCGCGCGGCUGCAGAAGAAGGACACGUACCAGAUCUUUGCGGAGCCGGUGGAUGCUGACGUCGUGCUCGACUACUAUGACGUCAUCAAGGACCCGAUGGACUUCUCGACGAUGAAGAAGCGGCUCAAGAAGGGGCUGUACCUCACGUGGGAUGAUUUCCAGGCGCACGUCGAGCUGAUGUUUGACAACGCCCAAAAGUACAACUCCCCCGAUACCAUCUUCUACAAGACGGCCAAGAGCAUGCAGGAGGCGUCUCGGAAGGUGAUCGACGCGGCGCGGGGCGCCCUCGGCACGGGCCAGCGUAAGCGCCAGAUCGCAUCCCGCUUCAAGGAGGAGCCGUCGACCGAGCCCAAGAAGAAAACCACCGCGGGAUGGGGGGGCCGCCGCAUCAAGGGCCAGAAGCUCGCGAGCAUCCCCGGAGUAGACCAGCUGAUCCAAAAGGGGCUGAGCAUUGACGAGUUGGCGAAGCUUGGGGGCAAGCAGGGGGGGGGCAAGUACGCGGGUGGCAAGGGGGGGGACGAUGGGAAGCAGGCGUGGUCGGACGCGAACGAUGGGGAAGACGUGCCAGGCUACCGCAAGACUAAGGAGUUCUGGGGCCCGAAAGACGGGCGCCUACCGCUCGCCUCGGCAGAGUACAAGCGGAGCAGCUACCGCGCGCGGGAGCUCCCGAUGUUGGGCCACGGGCCGAAGCCGAGCGCUCCGGGGGGGGAGUCGCACGUUCUCGUUCCGACCGGAUGGCACCCCCCCUACGCGUACGCGCGCAGCCUCUGCCGUUUUGCGGCCAACUUGCCAGACCCGGUGUGGGCUAAAGUGGUCGCCAAAGUGCAGAAAAUCCUCCCCCCGGGGGUCAAGUUCGGCCGGGGUUGGGUGGGGGAGGAAGAGAAGCCCAGCGGAGGCCAGCCCAAGCCCCCUGAAGUAAUUGUUCCCCGGACAGCAACGGCCGCAAAAACAGGGCCCGGGAUUCUCCCUGCGGCAGGGGCGAAACCGGAGGCCCUGCUGGGGGCCGCGUCGGCGGUUGCGAAGUCGGAGACCAGUGCGAGCCCUGCACCAGUCCUGAAAACAGGGCCGCCUCUCAGCUUAGCGUCCCCGUUCACACCGGUCACCGCAAAUGGGCCCCCAGCGAUAAAGAUCUCUCUGGUGGGGAGUCGAACAAACCUUGCGAUCACCCCUUCUGAGGGCGACGAUCACGACGCAGAGGAUAAGCCAAUUGGGCUACUGUUUGGCGGACCGCAACGGGGGGCAAGCCCGACCCCGUACGGACGCCCCCCCUCGGCGCCUGGGUCCCGACCAAGCUCUGCUGGCAAGAAAGAAAGCGCGGGUUUGGAUACGGAAAUGCGGGAAGGGGCGCGAACGGAAUCUACCGCAUGGACUGCUGAUGCGGGUACGAACCAGCAGGCAAAAGUUUCUGAGAGGGACGGGUUCGGCAUGGGGACGUCAGCAGGCGCUCAACUCGAAGGGGUCACGUCGGCGAGCGGCCAACCAGAACCCGCCAAGUCAGCAGGCGGCCAAAUUGGAGCUGCCACGUCAGCAGGCGGCCAACCAGGAACCGCCACGUCAGCAGCCCACGGAUCGCUUGAAGGGCCAAGAGCUGAGGAGAAGCGGGAACCAAUACCGGAGAGUGCGGUCGCGGCGGUUCCGGAGGGCAUGCCCCCAGAAGCGCCCGUGCAUGGCGUUGCGCCGGUGGGAGCGGAUGGCGUCAGCGGCGCCGGGGCGUCGUCAGCAGGUGCGGAGCAAGCGGCGUCUGUGGGUCCGAGUGUGUCAGAAAAGCCUCCGAGUGCGAUAGGGCCGUCGGAGUCUUACAGCGUCUUGCCGUUCUUGACACCGGCCGACUUCCGGGGAUCCCCUCAAGGGGGGGGUGCAACGUCUGCUGAGCUCCUUUGGACGCAGAAAGCGGGAGAAGCUGGCAUCGGAAACAUUCAGAACGGGUCUUUUCGUUCUGAUGAGGAAGGUCCGUUGUCCCGGGUUGAGGAAGAAAGGGAGGGGGACCCAGUUCCCGGAAAAGAAGGGGCUGAGAGACGUUCGGAAGACCAGAUGCCGGAUGAAUUGACGGAAGACUGGAACGAGCGGGCGGAAACGGUUCUCCCUUCCGUUGGGUCUGCUGACACGCCAACCGAGCAACGGGCGCCUGCUCGCUUAGACGGUCCAAGGGCUUCUCCUGGUUUGCACGGGCCGGAGUUUCGCCCGGAGACGGUAUCACCACCCGCCCCCAGGGAAGCAGAAGAGUCCACCCCGUUGGAAGAAGCGCCCUCGGUAGGAAACCAGGAACGUGCUCUGGACGAAAAAGAGUCGGCUGGAGGGGUGUCUGAGAAUCUCCGAGAUGGGGGGGUGCGGGCAGGGGCGCCAGGAGCCCCUGGCGCUGGAGCGGAUGCUGAGAGGGAGACGGGCCGGGGGGCCCCUAGCGGUGAGGCGGUUGCUGAGGGGGGGAAAGUGGAGGGAACGCCUGCUGGGGAGGGGGAAGGGGAUCGGGGUUUGGCGGCUCAGGGGGUGGGGGGCAGUGAGGGGGUGCAAGAGGAGGGAUUGGUUGGAAUCGAAUUAGAGGCUGAAGACGACGCCGGAAUGGAGAUUCCCGCCGCAGGAACGGAGAACCUUGCCGAAACCGACCAACCCUCCGGAACGAGUGGGCCAGCGAGUAAUUCUGGUGUGGAUGAUGGAGUGAAAGCUGCACCAGCAGAUCUCAAGGGAGGGGGAGCGCUGGAGCUUCGGGGGUCGGAUGCCGCAGAAGCGGAGGGGGCCCAAGGAGAGAUGACCGCUGCCGAACGGGAUGGAGCUGUGGGGACGCAUGCCGGAGAUUCAGAAAUAGCGGAGACAGGGCUGAGCGAAGGGGAGAGAGGCGCCGGUGAAGAGACAGGGGCGCAGGAAGAAGCGGCGCUGGAAAAGGGGGGUGAGGGAGUCUUCGAAGAAGAGCCCCCUGAACGGUCCGCACGACAGCCGUCCGACUCCGACGAGCUCAAUCUGCCCCAAGUCGAGGCAGCAUUGCAUUCAAGAGUUACCCCCCCAGUUCCACCGCUAACCGUCCCGGAAACCGCUCCUCAACCGGGCCCGGUUAAGGAGACCGUAACCCCAACCCUUCCGUUACCCCUAACCUCGGACCGGGAAGCGCUCCCCCCAGAGGAUUUUCCCUCGACCCCUACCGGCUUGCCACUUGGCAGCCCGUCAUUCGCCAGCAGGGCCAAGAGCCCAUCUCCGUGCCUGAGCCCCGGGUCAAGCCGCGCGGUUAGCAUGGAACGCGGGGUUAGCGUUGACCCGCUCGCGGGUUUUGGUUCGCCGCUGAGCGUGCAGAGUUACAGCCCGGGGCGGUUGGGGGCGGUGUACCGGGGUAGCUCGCUCGCGCCGACGGGCAGGCGGACGGAUUCGGACGGUCGGGAGCGCAGCUCGUCGUUGGACACGCGGGAUGAUGUGGCGUCGCAGUCAGGGCACUAGAUGCAUGGGUGUCUUAUAAGGAUGCCCAUGGGAGUACACUGAUCCAGCCAAUGUUGUUUACAGUAGACGGGAUGUGAAGUCUUGCCUUUUGCGGAACUCGGGAGUCAAUCCGGGAUGUACUGAGCCGGGCUGGCUUGGACGACCAUUUGGAUGUGCAUCACAACCUUGAGCGUUUUUUGAUUGAUG